UAAAUUGUGAUAUAAACGAUCUCGAGAUCAAAGUACCGGCUGUUGGAUCGUGCUCCCUGUCCUUAGCACAAGACAGGAUAUCCGCUCGUCAUAUGAGCGUAAACAAUUGACGGAUUUGUCAUUUGAGAGGAAGGGCAGGAAAAACGCAGAUGAAACGUGAAACGAAACUCGACCCUUAGAAAAACAGCAUGCUUCACUGACACUUCCGAUCAGUUCACGGUAGUCUACGUUUGGGUGACAAAUUUUCAUGUUGUUGCAAACGCUGCAGAAAUGUCGACGUUGAUCGUGGAUUUCUCUGGUUCAACGUCCUCUUUUUGGCGUGUACUCUUCGUUGCCGUUCUUGUCCUCUGUUUGGCUGGGAGUGGCUUAACUUGCCCAGAGAAUUGUCUAUGUUACCGGACGCAUGUCGGACCAACUGUGCGCUGUAACCAUCAUUCUUUGUCAAGAAUACCCAAUGUCCCAACUUCGACUGUUGUGUUGGAUUUGAGAUUCAACAAUAUAUCCGUAAUCAGUAAUGGAGACCUGGCAGAGUUGCGACACCUCACUACACUAUUCCUUAGUGGUAAUAACAUUCAAAUUAUUGAGCCAGAGGCCUUUGUAGGAUUAGCAUCACUGAAGUAUCUAUAUUUGUUCAAUAAUAAACUUAAACGGAUACACGAGAAUGCAUUUAGUGGGCUCCGUUCUCUUGAACAAUUAUAUCUACACUUGAACGAAAUAGAAGAUAUUCCUACAUUCACUUUCAAUGAUCUCACCGCUCUUGAACGAUUAUAUCUUCAUCAUAACCGCCUGAGAUCUGUUCCAAGGGGACUAUUUAAAAAUCUGGAAUCAUUAAGAAGACUCCGACUCGACUCCAACCCUCUAAACUGUACGUGUGAUAUGCUGUGGCUUGCUCAGCUGCUAAAGAGGACACCAAACACGGAGACAGCAGCUACUUGUGGUGAACCACCCCACCUUAGAGGGAAAGCCUUAGUCCGCCUUACUCCUGAGGACGUCAACUGCAUACCACCAUCGUUUGUAAAAACACCAACCAAUAUAGAAGUCUCUGUGCGAGAUCGUCAGGUGCUGUUCAGAUGCCUUGCCACAGGCAACCCAAGACCUACCAUAACAUGGCGGAAAAACGGCAAGCUUCUAAAGCCAGAUACGCGUCACGUGAUGAGCGAGAGCGGCGCGCUAAGCAUCAUUGAUCCUAAAUUUGAUGACGAAGGGAGUUAUGAGUGCGUGGCAGAAAAUUCUGCUGGGGAGGUCGUCAGCAAGGCGGCACUCAAUUAUUUUGGAGUCGAAGCUCCGCCAUUCCUUGUCCAAUAUCCUCAUUCCAAGGUAGAAUCUAUUGAAGGAAAUCCAGUGACUCUCACCUGCCGCGCUCGCGGUAAUCCUAAGCCUGCUAUCCAGUGGAGUAAGGAAGGAAUAUCGCUGGCCUAUGAUCCUCAUUACAGAAUCUUACCAUCCGGGGAUUUGUACAUCCUGGAAGUGCGCGUCGUUGAUCAUGGCAUGUAUAGAUGUCGCGCAGCCAACAGAGUUGGGGCUGUGGCAGCGACAACCAGAUUGAUUGUGACAGCUCAACCAAAAUUUACAACAAGACCCGCAAAUACUGAAGUAUUAGAAGGAAGUACGGCUGAGCUUAAUUGCCGAGUCACCGGUCACCCAGUACCAGCCAUCGCCUGGACCAAAGAUGGCGACCGACUGCCAUCACCGCACCGACAUAUUGUCCUGCCAUCCGGGACUUUACGAAUAUUGUUUGCAUCACGUCGAGACCGGGGACAGUAUGAAUGCCAAGCGAUCAACAUUAUCGGAGUGAGACUGGCGAGAGCAUUUCUGACAGUGAAACCUCGAGUUCCUCCCUCCAUUGUGGAAUCCCCUACAGACAUCAUUGUGACCGCUGGUCGAACAGUUGAAAUUCGCUGUUCGGCUUAUGGCGCCCCUAAGCCCAUUAUAACGUGGAUCAAAAACAAUGUACAUAUCACAGAAGCGAACAGGUACUCUGUGAGCAAAUCCGGGACCUUAAGCAUCCGGGAUGUUGGAAAGACUGACGAAGGGCGUUACGAAUGCGCAGCACGUAAUAGCAUUGGGGCAGCGUCUGCGCAGAUGACACUAACUGUACAGAUUCCUUCGAAUGAAAACCGCAUUGGCAUUGAUGUUAUCAACAGAACGAUUGGUAUAGCCAGGGAAAAUGUGAAUAGAGCAAUAAACGCCAGCAUUAAAAUGCUGUUUUCCUCUUCACAACCACGGAAACCAAGCGAUCUUCUGGCUUUGUUUCGCUUUCCCUCACCUGCGGCACAACAGAUCGCUAAGUCCGCCGAAAUCUUCGAACGCACGAUUCAUCUCGUCCACGAGCACGUCAAAGAAAUGGACAGGGUGAACAUAAGCAAUGACAAGUACAAUUUCUUCCAUCUGCUGUCUCCAGAACAUGUCAAUGUUAUUGCCAACUUGUCUGGAUGCAGCGCGCAUCGCCGAAUCAACAACUGCUCUGACAUGUGCUUCCACCUCAAGUAUCGCACGAUCGACGGUACAUGCAACAACUUGCAGCAUCCCAUGUGGGGAGCCUCGCUGACACCAUUUAAACGUCUACUAAGUCCCGUGUACGAAAACGGCUACAACACGCCAGUGGGUUGGCAGGAUACGGAGGGUCACCCGAGCGCUCGUCUCGUGUCUACAGAGCUUGUGUCAUCCAAAGAAGUGAGCGAAGAUGAACUCUUCACUCACAUGGUGAUGCAGUGGGGACAGUUCCUUGAUCACGAUAUUGAUUUUAUUGUAACUAGUUUAAGCACGCUAAGGUUCAGCGAUGGUCUUGACUGUACAAAAAAUUACGGUUUUUGUGAUAAUCAGCCGCCAUGUUUUCCUAUCUCAAUCCCGGCCAACGACAAGCGCAUCAAUAAUAACGGGCAUAAAUGUCUGCCUUUUACUCGUUCGAGUGCAGUGUGUGGCACGGGGAUGACGUCCGUGUUUUUCAGUGCUGUCACUCCACGGGAACAGAUGAAUCAAAUCACCUCGUACAUCGACGCAUCGAAUGUUUAUGGCUCAUCAGAAGAGGAGGUGAUGAACUUACGAGAUUUAGAAAGCAGAGGACUUCUUAAAUCAAACUCUAGCAUCGGCAGUGGAAAACCUUUGUUACCCUUUAACCGUGACACUCCAAUUGAAUGCCUUCAAUCCGAAGACAGCCCUGUCCCAUGUUUCCUUGCGGGAGAUUUCCGUGCAAACGAACAGCUUGGUCUGCUGUCGAUGCACACGAUAUGGAUGCGCGAACACAACCGCAUUGCAAAGGAGCUGGGAGAGUUGAAUCCCCACUGGGACGGGGAUAAAGUGUACCACGAGGCACGUAAAAUAGUGGGGGCCGAGAUGCAACAUAUUUCCUACACAGAAUGGCUCCCUAAGGUUCUUGGCCCUCAAGGAAUGGCUCUCAUGGGGACCUACAGUGGAUACGAACCUAACAUUGAUGCGGGGAUCGUAAACGCUUUUGCAACAGCAGCCUUCAGGUUUGGUCACGGACUAAUCAAUCCGAUUCUUUUUCGUCUCAACUCUUCCUUUCAACCAAUCGAGUUAGGAAACAUUCCUCUUCAUAAAGCUUUUUUCUCACCCUAUCGGCUGGUCACAGAGGGCGGAGUAGACCCAAUUUUGCGCGGGCUCUUUGGGAGGGCCGCCAAGAGUCGAGAUGACAAGCACCAGCUUAUAAAUUCAGACCUCACAGAGAGGCUCUUUGAAAUGGCUCACGAGGUAGCCCUCGAUCUUGGUGCCCUUAACAUACAGCGAGGACGGGAUCAUGCUUUACCAGGAUACAAUAGUUGGCGCGGUCUUUGCAACCUUUCCGUGGUAGAAACCUUUGACGAUCUUAAAAACGAGAUUGUGGAUGACGAUAUUCGCGCCAAGUUGAAAGAGCUAUAUCAACAUCCGUCAAACAUCGACUUAUGGGUAGGAGGACUCCUGGAGGAAUUGGCACCUGGUGCCCUUGUGGGACCAACUUUUACUUGUAUCAUUGCUGAACAGUUUAGACGAACAAGGGCGGGAGAAAGAUUCUGGUAUGAAAGCCCAUCCACCUUUGAUCAUUCUCAGUUGAUUCAAAUCAAGCAAACCUCGUUGGCCAGCGUGUUAUGUGACAACGGGGAUGCUAUUGACCGGGUUCAGCGGGACGUUUUUCUCCGCGCCACCUACCCCGAGGGAUAUGUGUCGUGUUCCUCCAUUCCCCGUAUGGAUCUCCGCAUGUGGAAAUAUUGCGAGCAUGGCCAUUGCUCCACCCCAGAUAACACCCCCACGUUAAGCAACCAUAUUCAGGGGCGUCUGUUUAAGCGAUCAGUGGAGGAAUAUCCCUCUGAAACCGAAGAGCAAAAAUUCGAGGAGGAAGAAGAAGAACAUAAUGAGCCGAACAUGGAUGAAGAAGAAAAGCUUGUCAUGUCGCCGACCGGGGACGAAAAAGAAGAUGGAAUUGAAAUUCCUUCGGAAGAAAACAUCUCGAGUUUGAAGAAAAGAGUUCAAGUUCUUGAAAAUACAGUAGCAAACAUGGCUAACACUUUGGCCAGAUUAGAAGACGCAUUUAACAGUCUUCAAAAACGGGUGGGAGAAACUAAAGAAAAAACAACAACGAAAGAAAAAAGAGGUUGUGGAGUUGUUCAAGGCAUAGCUCGUCAAGAGGGUGAAACGUGGCAAAAAGAUGUUUGUACUCGUUGUUCAUGCAAAGACGGAGAAGUUCAGUGUAAUGAAGAAAUAUGCAAAGAGGUUUUAUGUGAGGAAUAUGACAAGGAUGAUAAUGAAUGCUGCCCGCGUUGUGUAGAGUGAAACUGUCAGCUUCGUUUUUCAAGUGUGUCAUGGUGCAUCAGCGGUCACCUAUGCAGUUACCAUGGAAACUCUCUGGUCUCUUAUAGUAGCUAAAGAAAGGCUAUAAGUGAGAUUGAACUAACUCAAGCGACCACUCAGGCGGACUCAGGCGUUUAUUUUAACAGUACAUUCAUUACUUGCUUGCAAUAUGCUGCGAUGCCAUAGGCAGAUAUAUUUCUUCUUUAAGGGAAAUCUUAGGAGUUUUUAUGAGAUCAGAUAACAUAAAUUGCGACGCUGUUUUGCUAAAUCAUGAUGAUGUUUUUGACGAUACAUUUUAACAAUCAAUUAUAUUUUGUAAAUUUUUUCAAUUCGUUUUUUUUAUAAGAUGUAUACUUCGGGAAUGAUAAUCAUGUUUUCAAAUUCUUU